ACACCCGUCAGCAGCGCGCAUUGGAGACAAAAAAAAAAAGCGCAUCACGGACAAAGGAAAUAUGGGUGCGCUGGAGAGGAUUCACCUGAACCGGGUAACGCCAUGGAUGAGCCGCUUCUGUUUCAUUACCGGGAGACCAAUUAGCCCACCUUAAUGAGGUGCUGGGAUGCAAGAUACUGCAAGCUAAAAAGGCGGAAGGCUGCGUUUAAUCCGUCUGCGGAUCCUAUGAGCUUGCAAUGGCUGUGGCGGGGAUAUGCAACCGGAUAGGGAAUAAUGUGCCUUUUUAUUUUGUGAUAUUUUCCUUAUUUUGUGGCCUUUCGUUUGGACAGUUACGAUAUUCUAUCACGGAAGAACUCGAAAAUGGGGCACUGGUUGGUGAUCUGGCGCAUGACUUGGGGCUGGAUAUUCGAAAGCUCUCCACCCGAAAAAUUAAGGUAACCUCCAACAGCGGCAAACGCUACGUGAUUGUCAACCCUAAAAAUGGGAAAUUACUCGUCAAUGACAGGAUUGACAGGGAGGCACUGUGUGAUCUAUCCAGCACCUGCCUUAUUAAUCUGGAGGUGCUGGUCGAAAACCCCACUGAGGUGCACCAUGUCGAGGUGGAGAUUGUGGACGCCAAUGAUAAUGCGCCGCAGUUCCCCAGAGAGGAGUACCAACUGGAGAUCACAGAAUCUGCUUUGCCGGGGUCUCGUUACCCCAUUGAAAACGCGCAAGACCCAGACAUUGGGUCCAAUUCUGUGCGCAUGUAUCAGCUGAGCACGAACGACCAUUUCGCGCUGGUGUCCAACAAACCCUCCCUCAAUACAAAGCACAUCGAGCUCGUGCUCAAAAAGCCCAUUGAUCGAGAGCAGACGCCUUACCACCAAUUAAUUCUGAGUGCCGUGGAUGGGGGAACGCCAGAGAAAACGGGCACGGCCAGAAUCAAUAUCCGGGUCCUGGACUCAAAUGACAAUAUCCCCAUGUUCGACAGCUCAGUGUACAAGGUGAAACUGCUGGAGAAUUCACCCAAAGACACUCUGGUAAUUAAAUUGAAUGCUACUGAUCUGGAUGAGGGCACCAAUGGGGAGGUUUAUUACUCUUUCAGCAGCUACACUCCAGAGAGAGUGAGGCAGAUGUUCAGCAUGGACACAAACACAGGAGAGAUCAGAGUGAGGAGCAAUGUUGAUUAUGAAGAAACCAACUCCUAUGAGAUGUACAUUCAGGCGAUGGACAAGGGCCCUGGGGCGGUGGCGGCACACUGUAAGGUGGUGGUAGAGGUGGUGGAUGUGAAUGACAACGUCCCUCAGAUAGUGCUGUCAUCUCUGUCGAGCCCUGUGAGAGAGGACGCCCGUGCAGACACAGUUGUGGCCCUCAUUAGCGUCACUGAUCGAGACUCUGGCGCUAACAAGCAGGUGAGCUUAGAGAUCCCAGCAGGCCUUCCUUUCAAGAUCAAGUCAUUCAGAAAUUAUUACACUCUGGUUACCUCAGCCUUCCUGGACCGCGAGACCACCGAUGCCUACAAUGUCACUCUGAGUGCCACGGAUGGAGGGAACCCUCCCCUUUCCUCCCAGAAGACCAUACAGGUGGAUGUGGCCGAUGUAAACGACAACCCGCCGAGGUUUGAGCAGACCUCUUACACUGUCUAUGUGACGGAGAACAAUGCCCCAGGGGCCUCUUUGUGUACUGUGAAAGCUCAAGAUGCAGACAUUAAAGAAAACGCUCGCAUCACCUACACAGUUCUCAAUGACAACAACCAUGGCAUCCCUGUCACUUCCUAUGUGUCUGUGAAGGCCGAUACAGGCGAGGCUUACGCCCUUAGAGCCUUCGACUAUGAAUCACUGAGAGAGUUUCACUUCCAGGUCAAAGCCCAAGAUGGGGGCAUUCCCCCGCUCAGCCGGGUCGCCACUGUCUACAUCUACAUAAUGGAUCAGAAUGACCACGCUCCAUUGAUAGUCAACCCUCCCGGCAACGGCACGCGUUCAUUGGAAACAGUACUAAAGAACACAGAGCCUGGUGCCUUGGUGACCAAAGUUGUAGCCUAUGAUGCAGAUGCAGGUCCAAAUGCCUGGCUGGUUUAUGUGCUGGAGACGGCCACUGACCUGGACUUGUUCAAAGUGCACGAGCACACCGGUGAGAUCAGGACCACAAGAAGGAUCAUGGAGGACAACUCCACCUCCUUCACUAUGACUGUUCUGGUAAAGGAUCACGGGCAGCCUGCCCUCUCCUCCACCGCCACCAUCAACGUAGCCGUCAUGGAGGUUCCACCCAAAGUAGCUCCUGACCCCAAGAGGAUCAUCAGACCUCACAGCACGCUGCUCUUCUCUAACGUGACCCUCUACCUGAUUGUGGCUUUGAGUGCCACCACUUUUGUUUUCCUGGUCACUGUGGUGGUGUUGGCCAUCGUUCGCUGUCAUGCCUACUGUACCCAGCCUGGGUCCUGCUCCCCUUGUUGUGGGUCACAGAAGCCCCCUCCAGAUGGCGGGAGCAGCAGCGUAAGUGCCGGUGGGGCGGGCGCAGCUGGGGCCGGGGCACAACCUAAUAACAAUGUGGUGCUCCGGAGAGACCUUAAAGUGGAGCCUCACUACAUUGAAGUACGAGGGAACGGCUCCCUAACAAAGACUUACUGCUACAAGACCUGCCUGACCGCCACCUCUGGCAGUGACACGUUCAUGUUCUACAACACAGGACGUCCCAUCAGUGGCACCUGGGGCAGCGGUGCUGACCGCUUCUUCACCAGUGGAAGUGGAUUUGUACGCAGACUGAGUAUGCCUGAUGCCUCACUGCAAAUCUGCCCAGAGCCGAAAGCCCCGAAUGCUGACUGGCGAUAUUCUGCAUCUUUGAGGGCAGGGGUGCAGAGCUCAGUCCACAUGGAGGAGUCCUCUGUGAUGCAGGGAGCUCAGGGGAUGCUCGUCCAAAACUGGCCCACUGUGUCCAGCGCUGCUGAUGGAGAGGGUGGUGGAGAGCUGUCACCCCCAGUGGGCGCUGGAGUCAACAGCAACAGCUGGCACUUCAGAUAUGGUGCCCAACAAGGCUACGGCCCUCCUCAGCCCCUGAAGCCUGGGGAGAUCCCCCCUGAAGCCUUCAUCAUCCCCGGAUCCCCAGCCAUCAUCUCUAUCCGCCAUGACCCCGGGCCUGUGGACGACAAAGGAGACUUCAUAAGCUUUGGCAAGAAGGAGGAGGCCAAGAAGAAGAAAAAGAAGAAGAAGGACAAGAAGGACAAGAAGGAGAAGGGAAAGGAUGAUGGAGGGGAAGAGUAGAGGAGAGGGGGUGUCUUGAAAACAGAGCUACCAACAAACCAACAUCCAAGUAACCGAGCCAGAAAAAUGCUAUUGUAGAACCGAGGGAGCCUUCUUGCAUUAUAUGUGCAUAGACAUUGUACAGUGGCCGAGCCCUCAUUAGACCAGGCCUGGCUCCCCUCUCCAUACGAACUUGCUAAACAAACAUUUCCCUCUCCUUUUUGGCUCAUUUGGCCCAUAACUUUGGCCUGUAAAAGUCAAAAGUUUAUGGCAAACAAAUGCUCUUAGUAAACAGACUUCAUCUAAAGGAUGGACCAAAUUAAAACAAAAUGAUUUACUGGAUUAGAUCUGUGAUUUGCUGCCCACAGUUUGUAUUAAAAUUUUAAAAACACCUGAAAAGGUGCGAUAUUUGUAUCUGACCAUUGUCAGCUGAGGCUGCCCGUGUUGGCAUCUCUGUCUUUAUGCAGCCCCCUCCCCUUUUUAGCUCACCUAGUUGGAGGUGAAGUCAAAGCCAAACGAAAUGAAAAUGAAACAGAGGCUUUUUUUCUCAGAAUCAUGGAGGCCUUGUAGAAAAUCAGAAGAUGUGGUCUUUUAUAAAAAAACAGAAUUAAAAAAGAAAAAGUAACAACAUACAGUAUAUGUACCAUGAGAUUAUUACCUUUAGGAGAAUAAGGUAGCUGGACCACACUCGUAUAUAAAGAGCUCUGUUUCAGUGUAACAUAGCACAUCGCAGAGGCCGAGGACCUGGACUGGGUUGCAGCAACUAUGUGCAAGUUUGUUCCCACAUUAGGGUGUAAAGUAGUGGCUUCAUAACUGUUGGUUAAUUUGCAUUUAGCAAGUGACUUAAUUCGAUUGUGCCAUGGGUAGUAGGGGGGAUGUAUGGCUGAAGCUAGUUAUAACAUUAAGAAUUCAUGAGUAUCCAGCCAGUAAAAGCAUUAUGUUACCAAUAGGUAUAAACCACACAGAUUUGUAGAUAAAUAUAUUGGCAAAAAAAUUAUAAUUGGUUUAUAUAAUCCAUGUUUGACCCUUAAAGGACAAUGUUAGAGUUUUUGGCAGCUUUGGCUCAUUUUCUACCAAAUUGAAGUCAAGUACAUUUGGAGAUUUUCAGAGGAUUUUUAUCUUCCUUUCAGACAGACAUUUGUUAAAAAAUAACACUCAGGCUUUACUGCAUCAUCACAAUAAAGUAACUUUUUAUUAAAUUAUCACAGAAUUGAAGAAAAACAUAAAAAACAGUUAAAAAAAAAAAACAUUUUGCUUGGUAGAAAAGGGGCUAGGAUGUCUAAAACAUUCGUUGCAUUGUCCUUUAAGUUGCAAAAUGGUAUAGAAUCACUAAGAAUAUAUACACUGUGUGCAAAAAAAAUCCUGCUUUUACUGUUAGUGAGUGCAACUGUGUGAUUUUGUAUCAUUUGCACCUGCUUUAUUGCUUGCUUAACUAUUUAUUUGUUACUUAAGGUUAAGUUCCGUGGUGCUACCGCUUGUGUUUUAGCAAUGCGUGAAUGGGGAUUAGUGGCUAUACUUUGAAUAUGACUCGGGAACCUAUGUGCAGCUGAUGCAACCAGCCCCUGACCUUGCCUCCUCUAUGGGAAUAAUGGCACAGGUCAACGGGGUCACACCCAGUCUGACACUACAGAAACACUGACUCACACAUUCUGAUACAUACAGACAUACAUACAUACACAAAUAUACUCAAAUGACUGAAGGCCAGUGCCGUCCAUACUUUGGGAGUGUAUUAUAAGGCUGGGUAGCAGGAACGAUGCUCGUCGCUUCAUUUCUGUUCAAGCCUGACCCCGUCUACUUCUGUCUCUGAAUGUUUAGUAGAUGUUCUCCAAGCCCUGCACCACUGCCUCGACUGCUUCAGUGCUUGUAGGAUUCGCUUUGCCCGCUGCCUGUUUCCCUCCUCUUCUCCUGCUUCUUCAAGUCAACACGCUCGGACGACAUCUUUUCAAGUCACUCUCCUUCGAUGAACUGUGCCGUCGUAACACACUAACAUUUGUGUAUUUUGCAUUCCAUUACUCGCACACACGCACACACACAUACAUCUUUUGUUAGGUUCAGCUUAGGCGCGUCUCGUCUGAUUGCUCGCUGUUGACAGCUCUGUCAUCUCUCGGAUUGGCUCUAUGCUUUGCAUCGUAACGACGCCUGACAGUUUAAGGAAAACUGAGACUAUGCUGUAGUGGAUAUAAUGAGACAAGAUGAAGACACAUGAAGAUAGCAGACAUUGUUUUAUAUCGUGUAGCAACAACGUAGACGACAGAGAAACUAGUGCAGAGUUAAUAGGGCAAGGCAUUCCUGUUUAGCGUUAGCAGAGGUGUUGCGGUUAUUUUUGUGCGUGUGAGCUGUUUGUGUUGACUGAUAGACUUGGGUGGGCUUAGAAAACACCAGGAAAAUAAGUGAGGUGGCAGAGGAAAGAGGAUGUUUGUGGAUUCGAAAAGGGGGAAGCCCACUUAGGGUUUAACUGGGUGAAGUGUGCUGUUGACAGAGUUUAUUUUGCAGCAGUGAGAGGGGAAAUGAUAGAUGGAACGAGGGAGGGCAAAAAAACAAGAAUUAUGUUGCUUCUUUGUUGCAAAAAUCAUACAAAUUAUGAUAUUAGGGACACGCUUAAUCUUGAAGGGAUAUCAAUCUCAAUGAACAGAUAUCAAAAGAGGUGCAUUUCCUGUGUAGGAGGUGUUAUGGUUUCAGGUGGUGUCCAGCUGCAGGAAUAAAAUCCUGUUAUGCUGUUAUAUAAUCCUGAAACCAUAAUUUUUUCUUAAGCAGUCUCCAUUUUAGUGCAGGUAAUACUCCGGUUAGGAUGCAGUCUUCUACUCCCAGUAUGUCAUACAUUGCAACUAGGACUGUAGACCAGAACCAAGAGAGGGAAAAGGAAGUCUCAACCUAUAUAAUCUUCAUGCAUACCUGCCAACACUCCUUGUUUUCCCAGGUUCCUUUGGUAAUUCAAGGCCAUCCCUCCUGGUUUGUUUUUUUCUCACAGAAAACUCCUGUGAAUUUCACGGCUUUGAUACCUUGCUAUAAAUAAUCUAUAUAGUACAUGGGUUCAUACAUUUUGUAUGUUUGUCCUAACAUACCAAAGUUACUGUAUUGUUUAUGAAUCACAAUCCCACAUGCAAUUCAUAAUCUUUCUGUACCUACAACCUGGCAACCCACGUCUUGUUUCAAGGGUGGUGUUUAGGCCAUGACGGCACUCUGCACAAGCAGAAUUACAAGGAAAAAAUGAUAAAGGAGCAAGUAUGGCAUUACCAUAGUCUCACUGUGAUGAUAAAGAAGCAUGAAUAAGGACCUCAGCAUCCUGAAACGACAAAACUGACCAAAUCUUGGCGAUAUUUCUGAGGUGAAAAAAGAUUACCUCCUUGAUAUGAAAUACAAACAAAAGGGUCUGAUAAAAAAGCACACCAAGGUUCUUAAGUCUGCCUUUGCAAUGAAUUACAUAGUCACCCAGAGACACAGUGAAAUUAUCAAACAGGAUUAAGUCUUGCUGGUCUAAUAUCCAUCAUUUCUGUCUUAGCAGAAUUUAGAAGCAGUAAACCAGCUCCCAACUGCAGCCAUACAGGCUAAAAAAUUUGACCCACAGAGUAAAUAAAGAGUAAAUGACAAAGGACCCAGUACAGACCCCUGUGGAACCCCAUGCCUAACAGUGCAAGACUCAGAGAGCACAUCGUUGUAGAAUACACAUUGCGAACUUUCUGACAGGUCAGACUUUAGCCAGUAGUGCAGCUGGUCUGUGAUGCCAAAUAAUUCUCAAGUGUUGGCAGGUAUGCGUUGUGGCUUCCUGAAUGGCUUCCUGCUGCACAGGAAGCCCUGAAAAACAGGAAGUUGCCUCUAAAAACUUCACUGUAGGUUGUGUACCAGUGGGUUUGCAUAUUGCGGUGAUGUAAGUGUAGAGUGCGUCGCAGCUUUCUUUGGCCCUGAUAGUGUAAAAAAAACAGAUCUAGCAUGGUAGAGAAGGUUCGUAGAUAUUUGGACUAGCAUCAACAAGAUGUGAAGUGUCAUAAAUUCUCACCUCAGUGUUCCUUUUUUAGACCAUCGUCUUACCAGUCACAGUAGGGGUAUAUAGGUGCUGCUAUCAGGCUCAGUCUCUCCCAUGCACACAUUUCUUCCCCUCUCGCCCCCUUCGACUCUCUCGCCCUGUCCUUCAGGUGUACUUCUGUGCUGUCAGAUCACCAAGUGGCUGUUUGCAUGUUAUAAGCAAAGGAAACAGAUACUAUAUAGAUACUAUAUAUACAUAGAUAUGUUUUUCCACUGGGAAAUGCGUAUUGGAAUACAUAUACCUCUGAUACACAUUCUCAGAGACAAUACAACCACACAUGUAAAGACCCACUCUCAUCCACACACAUGAACAAACAUACAUACAUAAAUAUACGCUAUUGCGAAACAGUAAUUUGUGGAAAAACCUUAAAAGAAUCACAUUUUUUAUCCUGUUGAAAAUGACUUUAAUCUUCUAGAUAUACAUAAUGCUAUUGUGUUAUGCUAUGAAAUGCAUUUUUUUCUGUUUUUACCCAUUUGAUUUUCAUAAGUAAGAAAAUCAGUCCAUCAAGUUGUGUUAAGCUUUGAAAUGAUGAUCAAACAAACACUAGUGUGACAUCAAAUCAUUUACUCACCUUCCAUAUCUAUCCCUCUCCCCGUAGAAUAAAAAGAAAAGGACAAAAAAACCUUCAAAAUAUGUAAAAUGAAACAUAAAAAAGUUGAUGUAUUCUCUGCUUGUGUAUAGUGAAUGUUCCUCAGUCACUGGGUGUGGCGGUGAGUCACAUACCGGUGGACUGUGACAGUGCAGAUCUGUUAAUAACUUUUUUUGUACACCUGCUCAUCAUUGUAAAGGUGAUAAUAGUGAUUCUUAUGAUUUCAUCAAUCUGGUAAUGUGUUUUGUUAAUAAGUCACAAAUAAAGUUUUUCUUAAAUAUCUUAA